AUGAAGUCUUUGAUGCAACGGAUCAAUGAACACAUCCGUGUGGAGGAUGAUGCCGCCUCUACGACCAAAAAGGCUAAUCCAAUCACGGCGAAUAGAAGAAUGGAGGGGAAGGGGCACCGAACAGAGGAUUGCUUGCCACUCAAACAGCAUUUGGAGGAGCUAGUGGCUACGAGACAUCUAGAUCAAUACAUAGAUGGGGGCAUGAAAGCCGCUCCACUAGGACAAAACAAACCAAAAGGCCUAGUCGCCGUGGACACAGCGCCACAAGGCGUAAUCAAUGUCAUCCAUGGCAUCAUUGAACCGGCAAGGGUCUGCAAGCUGAGAGGGAUGAUUAAGAAAGCCGAGCACAUGAGGGAGGUGCUUUUCGUUCAACCCACUGUAAAGAAGGGAAAAACAGAUGAGAAGGAUGUCCUUACCUUUUCAAGUAAGGACUUGGACAAAAUUCAAAUGCCCCAUAACGACGCCUUGGUAGUGACUCUUCGCGUCAAAAACUUCGACAUCAAGAGGAUUUUGAUUGACCAGGGGAGUUCAGUCGAGAUCAUGUAUUAUGACGCAUUCAAACAAAUGAAGUUAGAGGAGAAGGACUUGGCCCCUGCAACGUCUCCAUUGGUCGGCUUUAACUCUCAACCAGAAUGGCCGAUCGGAAAGAUCAUACUGCCGGUCAGAGCGGGAUCAGUCACGAAGCAAGUGGAGUUUUGGGUGCUUAAAGUUCCAUCGACCUACAACUUAAUUUUGGGCAGGGGCUGGUUACACGCCAUACAAGCAGUAGCGUCGACCUACCACUAG